UAUUUCUUAGAAUUUCUUAGAAAGGUAUGACAGAUCUGACUACUUUCAGUUUGACAGUAUUCACAGAUCAAACUAAAAACACGUUUUCUUGGUUCUGUGUUCAAACCACAUAAGUAUCUAAGAUUUAAGGUGUGGCGAUGGUAGGUAAGAAGAUUGAAGGAUCUGUUGAUUAUGUUUUAAUUGUUAGUGGGUUUAGUGGAAGAAAAGUCGUGGAUUUCCUAGAAUCCGCUCUGUAAGAAAAACCACAGGACGGGCGUGGUAGGUGAAGGAGGUUCAGGCAUAGAAACCAGAGAUUUCCUUGUUGUUCAGCAGUGAAGUAAUCAGUCUCUUGCUGCUGUGUGAGAGUCGGUGUUCAGGUCAGCAUUUAUUUCCCUUUUCUUAAAGUCUUAUUUACUAUUUAAUACAAUGUAAAUCUGUGUGAAAACGCUAAUCUGGUUUUGCAUCCAUCAAUGUAUUUAAAGCUGAAUUAUUAAGUUCCUGCAUUGCUUAUUUGACUGAGUGAUAUUUUUUUGUUUUGUUUUUCAUGCUGCAAUUACAACCUAAACACCGAAUUUUAACGGUGGUAUGAAAAAUAAGUAAAAUUAGUGUUAAGAAGUUUGAUUGUUCUUUGGUAGAAAGUCUGUUCAUGACCCAUUUGAAAGAUGUAUUUUUGUAAAGAACAUUAUGUUUGUGAGAUUAGCAGCAGAACCAGGAAAAAGUUGCCAAAUAUGACUAGUUAUGAACCAAAUCUAACUGAUCUUGUUUAUUUUUCAUCCAUCUCCAGCUGUGAGGUUUCAGUGUCUCAGCCAUGUCCUCCUCUCUUGUUGCGUUCAAAAAUCAAAAUUAUGCUGAGCUGAAGAGGGACUGUAUCCAGAGGAGGAAGCUGUUUGAAGAUCCAGAGUUCCCCGCAAACGAUUCAUCUGUGUUUUAUGAGGAAAAACCUUUUGGUAUCGUGGAGUGGAAACGACCAGGGGAGAUAAGCUCAGACCCUCGUCUGUUUGUGGAAGGUAUCAAUUCCCAUGACUUGAAUCAAGGGGAUGUAGGGAACUGCUGGUUUGUUGCUGCGAGCUCAUGUCUUGCUCUGAAACCACACCUCUGGAAAAAGGUGAUUCCUGAUUGGGAGGAGCAGGACUGGGAUCCUAAACGUCCAGAAAACUAUGCCGGGAUCUUCCACUUCCGGUUCUGGGUCUUUGGCCAGUGGACAGAUGUGGUAGUGGACGACCGGCUGCCUACUGUUGACGGACGUCUGAUCUACUGUCAUUCAAACAGCAAACGUGAAUUCUGGAGUGCUCUGUUGGAGAAGGCUUAUGCCAAACUCAAUGGCUGCUAUGAGUCUUUAAAAGGAGGACAAACUGGAGAUGCUGUGGUGGAUUUCAGUGGAGCUGUAUUUGAAGUAAUCAACUUGGAUAAAGAGAUUUCAGACCAAGACCAAAUCAAUCUAUUUGAAAAACUACGCCGAGUUUAUAAAUGUGGAGGAAUCAUCAGCUGUGGCAUCGAGGCAGAGCCACAUAAAACUGAGGCCAGGCUGGCAAACGGUCUGGUAAUGGGCCAUGCAUACGCUGUGACAGCAGUGAAGAGAGUUCGUAUAGGUCAUGGGCAAGGGGCGCACUCCAGGACUGAAGCUAUUCCUAUGAUCCGAAUGAGAAACCCCUGGGGAGAGAAGGAGUGGAAUGGACCCUGGAGUGACAGCUCUAGGGAAUGGUCCAGGAUUGGCCAUGCAGAGAGGCACAGCCUUGGCCUCACAGUAGAGGAUGACGGGGAGUUCUGGAUGUCAUUUAGAGACUGGUGCAGAAACUUCUCUGAUGCAGAUGUUUGUCACAUAUUCACAUCUUCACGAGCUUUGCAUUUUGGGAAGUGGAUCAGACAUGACGAUCCACAAAGAAAUCGCAGCGGUGGCAGGAACAAAAAAACAUAUCUACAGAAUCCUCAGUUUGUGUUUGAUGUGACAAAGGAAAUGGAAGUGCUCAUCACUUUGCAACAAAAAGACCGAAGGAUCCAUAAAAAAACUGGUCAUGGACAGAAUUUGGUCAUUGGGUUCAAGGUUUUUGAGGUGGAAUUGAACAGGGAGGACAGAAUGCACCGACUUCCAUCUAGGGAACCAGUGGGAUACGCAAGAUUUAUCGAUUCUCGGUCAGUUUUCCUGAGAUCUAACCUUCCUCGGGGCCGAUACAUCGUCAUCCCCUCCACUUAUUAUCCUGGUGAAGAAGGAGAGUUCAUGCUGCGAAUUGUUACCUAUGGGGAUUCAGGCUUCCGUGAACUAACCACGGACAAACUCUGA